GACUCGACUACACGACGACAUACGGAUACGGCUAUACCGAUACCGCUACCGCUACCGAUACCGAGCCCAAGAACAAAAAAUAUUCUUUCUUUCGCAUGAAAACGGUUUGGCCAACUGCUUCGUGUAUCAUCUGCUCCUUGCCAAACAUUCAGUCAGUUCAAUUUAAGUCAACGAAUAGGUCUACCAACAUUAAAUUCAUCCUUAAAAGAGAGAAUUUAAAUAGGCACAGGCAGACCACAUCAACUUAAAAUAAAAAAGAAAAUAUUCUUUGAAGAAGAAGUGUAAAAUAUUAUUAAAUUUUCUUUUAAAUUUGUCAAGAUAACAAAAAAAACGCGUUAAUUCGGUUCGUCGAAAAUCUCUUUAAAUCCAAAACCGCAGAAAAAAACAAAACCGUCGAUAGAAAAAUCCAAAAAAAAUCCGAUUUUUUAAGGACUUCCUCUAGACGAAGGAAAAAUUCCGGAUACCAAUUAAAGCGUUUAAUCAACUUUUUUAACGUCGCGCUCGACUUUUUAAAAAAUUUAUAUUUUAUAUCUUUUUGUUCUUUCAAAAAUUAUUCAUUGAAAAAAAAAAACAAUUUUCCUUUUUUGCUUAAAAAAAAAAUUGGUCCAGCACACACACCACAAACAAAAAAUUAAAACACACACAUUCACACACACUUCCCGCAGUGUGUAUGUGUGAUUCAUAUCUAUAGUUUGCUGCGCUGCAAUUUCGAAAUCCAGAACAGAAACCCACCAUCAAGGUAUCUGAAUUCUGUUUCUGUAUCUUUUUCAUCAUACUUAUAUAGCUUUUGUUGCUUUUGCUGGCUGCUGAAGUCUUCGCCGCCACCGCUCACCACCAGUACACACUCUCUUAUACAAUCGGUGAAAAAAUAAAAUAAGUCAAAAUUAGUGCACACUGCUCGUUAGAAGGAUUUUCCAUUUCCACCAACAAGCGAGAAAAUAUAAAAAAAACCAAUCCUUCGCUUCCUUCAUCAUUGUGAAUUAUUUUUAAAACAAAAAUCAUCGCCAAAUUAAAAGUUAAAGAAAUUUCAAAGUAAAAGUUAUUUUCACCUGGGGACGGCCGGUGGAGGUGGUCUGGGGGGCCCCAACUUAAAGUUCGAAUCCGCAUCACACAACCCGCAACUAUCAUCAAAUUCAUCAUAAUCAUUAUUAUCAUCAUCAACACCAGCCUGGAGGCUCUCAACCCCUGUUGUUCUGCUCUGAUCUGCCACUACUCGUGUACGUACAACUACUUUUGCUGACUCAACCGGAGCACUCUUGUAUCCUGUCAACCCCGAUUUGAGUUGUGUCGGUUGUUCGGUAAUUUCGCCUUAAGAAAACCAAAACGAAAAUACCAACACGAAACAUACAAACAAACAAAAAAUUAAAUAAAAUUUAAUUAAAUUAAAAAAAAAAAAUAUUAACAAAAAAAAUUAUAAAUUUAACUUUUUGCGAAAAUACUACACGCGCCGCCUCCCGUCUCCUCCAAAAGGCCUACCCACUGCGAAAGAUAUAUAUUAAUUAAUUAUUCAAAUUUAAUUUUAAUUUCAAAUAUGUUUAUAUUUUACAAGAAGUGAUCAUCAACAAUAUACAAGAAAAAUAAGAAAUAGAAAUAUAACAUCAACACAUUCGGAAGUUUAUGAAAUAAAAAUAAAUAUAAUUAUCUGUGAUUUUUAAUAAUUAAACAAAAAUAAAAAAUAAAUAAGUUUUAAGCAAAAAAAAACAAAAUAAUUAAAGUAAAACAACAAAAAGUUCCGCGUUCUUUAUUCACACAUCUUCAAGGUCGUCGGCGGAUUUAAUUUUUUUUUUUUUGAUCCAUACCUCAUUAAAAAAUCCAUCAAGAUGCUUAUUGAACGUGAAAUGGAAAUCAUUCCUGAAGGUAAACACUUCCGAUUGGUGCAAGAAUCAGAGCUUCCAGAAAUUUUGGAGUAUUUGGAAAGAUUCCUACCGGAAUCAUUAAAGUUUCAUCAAACAAUUAAAACGUACCUGAAUGAUCGAGUUUGGGAUUUCCAAUUUUACGUUUCCAAAGAAUGGCCAGAAAAACCAAUAAUUUUACAUUUCCCAGGAUGCACGCUAACGCCCAACAACAAUAUUUAUCAAAGUUUUGGAAUCUUUUGUCCAUCGAGCCACAUAGAAUGUGUAGAUUUGAUGCGCACCGAAGAUGUGCUAAUAGAUUGGCAAAUGCCAUUGUACCUGAAUUUUACGCACAUAGCUAUUAUGAACCGCCUGGAUGAUUUUUAUUCAAAAUUUGGCUUAAUGGAACGACUGGAAGGCGAUAUAUAUGUUUGUAAAGAAUUAAAUACUGAUUUGGAGUUGGAAGACUUACCGUCUGAUGAGGCUGAAAUGCGUCCACUUACAGUGGACGAUGUUAAAGGUAUACAUGACCUAUAUCCGGCCAGUGAGAUUGAAUGUGUUGAAGUGUUUGAGAUAUUAGUGCGAGUGCUACCCGGAUUAGGAAUAUUUAGAAAAGAUACAAAUGAAUUAGCUGCUUGGAUGGUUCAUUCUUAUUAUGGUGCAAUGUUUUCAAUGCAGACACGUCCAGAUUAUCGACGGAAGGGUUAUGGCAUCCGUCUUGCUAGAACUCUUACAAAACUUGUCAUCGAACGUGGCUACACACCCUUUGUAGUCAUUCGUCCAGAAAACGAUGCUUCCCGCAAUCUCUAUACAAAGCUUGGUUUUGUCAAAGCCUUCGAAACGUGCCGUGUCAAAAUGACACCAUACGAAACCAAUGGCAAAGCCCUGGACUCUGAUGAAAAUCAAGUUGAUGACGAAGGUAUCGAAGAUAUGCUAGCUGAAAAGUGUGAUAUCAGCAACGAAAAGGGAUCAAAGGAGAAAGUUACUGACGAAGGAAUUGAAGAAGAUAAAUAAAUUGUUUUAUUAUUUAUUUUUCUUUUUUUCUAUUUUUGAUUUUUUUUCAUAAAAAAAAUAAAAUAAAUAAAAAUAAAAAAAACUGUUUAAGCUAUCAAAAAGACAAAUAUAAAUUAAUAAACAAAAAAAAACUCUUUUCGAACAAAAAAAAUAAUAAAACAAAAAAACACUUUUUUUGAUUAUUUAAACAACCAAAAAAAAAAGAAAAUAUAUAUUUUAAUAUGCUAAAAAUUGCUUUUACAAAAACCAAACAACAACAAGAAAACGAAAAAAAAAAAACAAAAAAAAUAUCUUCUCUACCUUUUUUUGUGAAUCCUUCCAGAUAAAUUUACAUACAUACUUAUAUACAGAAAAAAACAAUUACUUAAAUACAAGAAAAACAAAAACCAAAUAAGAAAAUGUUGAACAACAACAAAAACAAAAAUAUCGCUUAAGUUUUGAAUUAUAUAAAAAAAUCAACGAGCACAAAGAAAAUCUUUCCAUCAAAAUUUAAGCGGCUCACUUACAGCCAUGAAAAACCAAAAAAAUAAAUAAUACAACAUAAAACAAAAAUAAAUUUAAACCAGUUUUUUCUAAAAGUUUUAAGAUUAAUUAUAAAAUUUAACAAACCAAAAAAAAACAAAAGUAUAUAGAAGUUACUGUAAACACUCAGACAUUCGCUUUAUAAUUUUAUACAUUCAAAAAUCUUCAUACAUUUUGUUUUCUCUAGAUAUUUAAUAUAAAGUUAAUAUUAGAUUUUAAUUUAAGUUUGUACUUUGUUUAAACUAAACUACAGUCAUACAUAAAUACUUAUUUAAUCUUCACAUUCAUCUUAAUUUAUCUUUAACUUUUUUAAUCUAUUUGUGUUUUGCUUAUUUAUUUGUAGUUUUUGGGAGGAAAAUUCGAUAAACCAGUGCAAUUCUGUUUUAUAUAGAAAAUUGUUGUAAUGCUAUUUUUUAUUCAAUCUGCUUUUAAAGUUUUUAAACCAAGUGUUUAACAUUUAACAUUGAUAAUUGUAUGAAAUUGAAAAGCUUGUAAAUGGUAUAAAUGGCAAUACUAGGCAUGAUUUGCAUAUAGAGAGUUUAAAUUUUAAUCCAGCUUAAAUCUAAGAGUGGUAUUUAUAAAAUUUAGUCUGCCGUCUAACUUACAAUAUCAUGUUUUUGGAUUUGUCGAACUUAAAACAUCUCUGGUGUCUUAACUGGAUACUGUUUAAAACUUGGCAAGGCGACAUUUUUUUAAAUUAUUAUUACAAACACAUAUGCAACUAUUUCAAACGACCUGUUUGAGCUCUUUAUCUACAAAAGUAUACCUUAUAAAUUUUAUUUUUUUCAGUUAAAUUGAUUUAUUACGUAUUUUUUUGGUAAAAUCUCAAUUCAAUAGCUAUUUCGGCUGGCCGAAAAUUAGCUAACUUUUAAAAUAAAUAUAGUUGUUCAAUUCAGUUUGAUUUUAAUUGAUUAGCAUUAUUUGGAGGUAAUUUCUAUUAUUAAAAAUGAAUGCUAUUGAAAAAUUAAUGUUUCGGAGAAAUUUAUAAGAUAUUCUGAAAUAAGAAUAAUUUAAAAGAUCGACAAAAGAAUAUGAACAAGGCUUUUUAUUCCACCUCAAAAAAAAAAGAUGGACAGAAUAAUGGCACUUUUGUGUUAAAUGGACUAAAUUCCCUGCCCAAAGUUCAUAUUUCUAGCAACAUAAUUAAAUUCGAAAAGCUUCUAAUUCCCCAUUCCUGAAAAAAGAUCAGAUUUUGUUCACUCAAAUAUGUGUCUGUGAGGGUAAUAACUCCACAUUUGAAAAGCCUUAAUUUUUGCGCUAAUACUUAUGCAAUUUGCUUUUCGAUCUUUUCGGUUUCUAGUUGAAACACUAUCUUUUGAUUCGAAAGGGUACUUUCAAAAUCGUGUCAAAGAAAACUUAAAUUUCUUUAACACCAUCCAAAAACUGAAAUCACUUUUGCAUACAUUGCUUAGAUCUAUUUUUUAAAUAACUUGUGAGCUCUUUAAAAACGUUUAAAAGAUAAGUAUAAACUAAUUUGACUGUCUGUCAAAGUAUUAACAACAUUUUCCAAAGACUUAUGCUUUUUCUAUAAAAGUGCAAUAGCGUUUUGUGCAACAUUUGUAGUUUUGUUUUAACAAAACACAAUACAAAUAAUAUUUUAAAAACGGAAAGUAUAUUCAAAAAUAAAGUUUUAUUCAAUUAAAAUAAAAGUUAAACAACAAUUUAAACAAGUCGGUUGAAAAAAAUAAAUAAAAGUAAUUGCAGCACAGUACUUAAAAAUAAUAUUAAUAUAAUAUAACAAUCAAUUUCAAAACAGUCACUCACUCAACAAAUUAAAUCCAAUAUGUACGUAUAUAUGUUUAAUUAAAAAUAAACUUGAUCGAAAUAUCAAUUGCUGAAAACGUGUUGGAAUGGAUUCUAUCCAUCUAACCAAACAUUUUGUAAACAAAAUUAAAUAUUAAAACAAAACAAUAAGAUUAAAAACUAAAAAAUAAAAACAAUUAGUACUCAAAAAGAAAGGAUAGCAAAAUACAAGACAAACAAAAAAUCGAGAAGAAAAUAAAACAAACAAAAAAUAAAAUAAAACUAUAAAAGAAAACAUACAAAUAAAACAAAAAACUUUAUUUUUGUAGCACAUUAUAUAUUUAAACCAAAAACCAUGAAGAAGAAAAAAAUAUUAAUUUUACUUUACGAAACACAAUUUCUUUUUAACCAAAGAAGAUAAAAAAAAGUUAUACUGAAAAUCAAAAACAAUGUUGAGAAGAAAAUACAAGUAGGUCGAUUUUAUUUUAAUUAUUACAAAUUUUGUUUUAUAUAUAUGAACUUAUUUUUAUUUCAAUUCUAAAUUUUUAUUUUAUUUUUCAUCAUAAAUUGUAAUCAUUAAAUUAUUAAAAAAAAAACAAAAAAUAAGAAUAAUUACAAUGUACUUCUAUCACAUAUAUUUAUAUAUUAUAUAUACUUACAAUGGAAAUGUAAAAGAAAAACAAAAACAAAAUGGAAACAUUUAUAAUAAUGUAUGUACUUAUUAAAAAGAAAAAAAAAGAAAAGGAUACAAAAAAAUGUAAGCAAAACUACAGAUUAACACAAAAAAAUAUGUAAAAGAAAGAGAAAAAAAACGUGUCGUAUAAUGAAGAAACUCAAAAGAAAAAGACAAACAAAUGGAAAUAAACUAUAAAUAAAUCACUGGCUUUUAAAUUAAGUUGAAAUUAAUUUAGCUAGAAUUAAACAAAUUUUUGAAAAACUGUCAAAUAAACAAACAAAACAUUGUAGAUUUUCUUCUGACAACAAAAAAAUAUUAAAAA